AUGCAUUGUAGUGACGACCGGAUGUUCUCCCUUUGGGGGGGGGGGGGUGGCGUGUUUGUCCCACUGACCCACCAACACAACGAACAAACUCAUUGGAGUGGAGAGGAGGUUGUACGGCUGAGGCUACGGUCGCACUACACUGACUGGCUGUUUGUCUCACUGACCCAUCACCACACGUCUGCAUGCAGUCCACAGGGCCACAUUGCGUGCAAAGAGUGUGUCUAUACCAGUCUACUCUCGCAGAAGAAAGAGUAUAAGCGCCAGCUAGAGGCACACAAUGAACAGGCCGCGGCAAACAGGCGUAAAGACGAGGACAAGGAAGAACUAGCACGACAGGGGGAGAUAAAGAAAUUUGAGGCGGCACAGACAUCUUUGAUGGCGCAUAAAGCAUCCACUGUCACCAAGAAGUCGACCACGGCGCGGAGUGACGGAAAGCGAAUAUACGAUGUCAGCAAGCAGAAUAUUUGGCCUGACAGGCCAGAUCAAUUGAACGUAAACUCUUCCGAUCGUAAGCCGCCCACGGGGCCACUGGAAGGGUCCGAAACAUCACAGGUACCCGAAGCAGGCCACAUCGAGGCGGAUCUGAAGGCGUUGCCGGCGUUCUGGAUACCAGGACUAACACCCGAUGCGGCCCCCACUAUCAUCAAGAAGCCAACCAGCGGCACUAAAUGCACAGCCGACUUCCCUGCACAUCCUGUUAAGAUGAAAGAACUUUUUCCGGUCAGAUUCACGCCUACUGUAAAAGGCACCACAACCGCACAGUCACUCAAAACAGACCGCAACGAUCGCUGGCAGUGUCCCUCGUGCGCAAAGAUGAUGGUCAACAACCCCAAGGUGCAUGUGAUCAGAAAGUGUGGGCAUGUGAUCUGCAACCACUGCGCAACUGAGUAUGUGAAGAAAGAUGCCACCUGUGGUGUCUGUUCCGGCCCAGCACCUGCACAGGAUGUGAUACCAAUUCAUAUUGAAGGUACCGGCUUUGCCGGCGGUGGAGGGAACAUUGUGGCGACGACAUACGGCCAUUCAAUGGGUUAAGUACUUGUUAUCUGUAAUCCGUUCGAAGGAGGCUAUGUCAAUUGGUCACGCCAAAAUUGGGGCUUUAUGAGGGCAUCCGCGCCAUUGUGCUUCGAGUGGUAUAGCGUGAACCGUUAUGGAGCCAGUACAUGAUCCGAGUGCACAUGCAAAGUGUGAUGAUACUCAUCCACAAGUGACACCUGAUGCUCACUUGACACUUGAUGCUCGCUUGAUGUUGAG